CACAUUUCUUUAGGCGACAAUUUUUUCAAAAGUGCAAGCUACACCAUAGAGGCUCUUUGUGCUUCACAGUUUACAGCGGAGAAGGAGAAUCUUAGAGCUGUGGAAACUCAGAUUUUGUCUAAGAGGGUGGAACUCUCAAAGUUUGAAACUGAAUACAGAGAGGUCCUCCAACAGUUUACAGAGAUGACCAGUAGAUACGCACAAGAAAUGCGAGCAAUUGAUGAACUUCUCAAGCAAAGGAAUGAAAUUCAUGCUUCUUACGCAGUUGCUCCUCCAAUGAAAAGGAGUGGUAGUAGAAGCAAGAAUAGAAGUGCAUCCAAGGAUGCCAAAGAUGAUGACCAAGUAAGAGAGAAGAAAUCUUCAACAAGAGAUAGGCCAAAGAAGAAAAAAUGGUAUAAUAUUCACUUAAAGGUGGAUAAGAGGAAACCUUGCUAAAGCCGGAGUUUAGUCUCUUCGAAAAAUUAUGGGGAAUCUUAAACUGUAUAUGAUUGGCGUAGCGUCUGCUAAGCUCAUGUGUUGCUUCACGAUCCAUGUAAGCAAAAACUAUUGGAUAUGUGAAGUGAUUCCUGCAGCAGGCCAUAAUUUUAAAUAAAACCAAACACUGGUCCUGGCAGAAUGGCAGGCAGCCUGUAAAGUAAUCGCGUAACUCAUUGUUAUUGUAAAUUUUUUUCCUCUUUUUCAUUUGCAUUCGUCGUUCUGUUGUUCUUUUCUCAGUAAUUUUCAGGCAUCAUAGCUGUAAAGUACAUAUUCUAUUGAUGGAGUUCUCUCUCAACCUUUGCUUGGGGUGUGCUUUGUGGGAUAGACCAUAUUUUUGCUGCCCACAGGAAUCUAGGGGAUAUAUUGGCUAUUAAUGAGGCAUACUAAUCUAGAAUAAAACUAUUUUAGUCCUUUAAUAUUGGCAACGAGAUUCUUGGUAGCAGAAAUUUCUUGUUUAUAUCCUUGUAUAGGUUUUGAGGUUCGUAAAUCCGAGGGAUAAUUGCUGUAAUUUUGUCCUUGCAAAUUAUGAGCUAGUAGUAGCGUUGAGAGGAAGGUUAGGUGUUUCUUUUUUGAGCCUCGGAUAAGUGACAAGUUGUUUGAAUGGCUGGAUUUUAAGCUGCAUCCAUGCUUUCCUGUAGCCAAUCGGUUAAUCCUAAAUGUUGCCUUGUGUGGUUUUUUAGUUUCA